GUCUCGGAUUAGGGGAUGGUAUGGGAAAGAAGAAGAAACCUGUUUUGACAGUACAGUAGCAUUCUUUUUCCUUGUAGCUCUGGGAAAAGCGGAGGAGCGCAAUUUGACAAACUCGGGAAUUCUGGGCUUCAUUGACCAUCUAAGCACACAAAUCGGAAACGCUUGUUAUUGGGCCUCCAACGCUACCUGUGAUGCCACAAGCCAACCACCUCAAAAACAGGCCCCAAUACUAGAGUGUCGCUGCGUCGCCAAUCCGUUAUUUCUUAUUGGUCCACUCGAGCAGUGACGUGGCACUGAUUAGGUUUAUCAAACCCAGCCGAGAUUUGAUGGCCAUCCGUCGGCCCAUACGUCAAUGUAGUAUUGUUUAGGGAGAAAAAAAUUUAAAUUUUAGGGUGACGAAUAGCAAUUCAUAAAAUUUAUGGGUAAUUUCAAGUUUGGUCAUUGAGUUUACUAAAAUGUGUCAUGUUUAGUCACUGAAAAAAAUUAAUAUCAAUAAUAGUCACUAAAUUUUGUAAAACAUGUUAUGUUUGGUUACUCUCCGUUAGUCUCCGUAUAACUCCGUUAAUGGAAUCCAUUAAGUGCUGAUGUGACAAACAAAAUCGCCUAGUCAGCCAAAUUUAAUCCAACAAAAGUAAAACUUCAACCACCACAUCAUUAAAACCAACUCACCUGACUUUUCUUCCUCCCACCUCCUCCCGCAAACCUCGCCCUCCUCUCCUCCUCUCGCAAAUCUCUCCCUCCUCUGUAAUUCCCUUCCGGCGUUGCUAAUUCGGAUCGGGCAGUGGUCACAUUCAAUUGUUUCAUCAUGGAACACGACAUCUAGGUCAAAUUCUGCUCUCCAAGAGGGGGAGCAUAUGGCCCUCUGUCUGAUCUUUCUCGAAUCAAGUUAUGGUCUUGCUGCUUGUUGGUUCACGUGAAUGAUUUUCCUUUUAAUCCUGUUGGGGAUGUGGCUCGGGCCCAGUCACGCGAGCAAGACAGCCGAAUGGAGGCAAGAGGAUGACCACAAAUGUCAGAGGUAUCGAGUGGCGUCGUUUUACCUCACAGCUCGAUCCCGCCCAGGCCGACGUCGUUUUGCAUUGCCCAAAACCACCGCCAUUUUAAGCCUCACUCAAGCCGGCGUCGUCUUGCCCUGCCUAAGACAGGGGAGGGAGAUCGUAAGCAUGGCGCCGCAGUUUACGAAGGAAAGGUCAUGUCGUGUGUCAGGUCCUAGGAAUGAUUAUGGCCUAAAAGCAUGGCCUAAGUUUCCUGACACACGUUGUAGUCUUAUCGCAUUAAAUACCCACUACUGUAAUGUACUAUAAAAUGGGCAUUUACUAUGGUAGGUAAGGGAUCGGUUUUUGGAUUCUCUCACUAAUAAACACAGAUUUCUCUCUCUAGCCAAUUUCCUCUGUAAUCUCUUCCUCUCCGUCGAGAGUUCUCAUCAGAAACGAGUCGUCAUUACGCCUCGCUUGCCCUACUCCCCCCUUUCCUCACGAGUCUCACUCCUACACUCAGUAAGGCUCAAACAAUUGGCGCCCACCGUGGGGCCAGUAGGGAAGCGAUGGAAAACCAAUUGACGACGGAACGCAAUAUCGACUCACCCAGCGAAGCGACACCCAUCAAAGCUAUGACGAACCAAAGGACACACUCGGAGGCCAGCAACUUCAACGCAGUACUCAUUGAAGAAGAAGAGCCUGAGCUGACGCCCAAGGAGAUGAGGCAGCAGAUGGCUAAGCAAAACGAAGUCAUUGCCGACAUGCAAAAAAAAAAUGAACCAGGUUAUAGCGCUCAUGAUGAGCAAAGAGUCCGCGCAACCCAGUCACGCGGCGCUGCCAUCGCCAGACGCGACCGCGGAAAACGUCCCGCUGCGACAACAGAUCCCGGUCGUUAUGUCCGCGGACGAGGCACCCCAGGUGGAGCCGCGCCCUAGGGCGGACCUCAGUUUCUUGGAGCAGCAUCUUUCUCCACAAUACCGCCCUCACCCUCCUAAGAGAAUCCUCCACCAACCGCUAAGCGCGGACAUAAUGGCGGAGCAUUUAAGCGGUAUGUCGCCCGCCCUCCCCACGUAUAACGGGACGACGGACCCAGAAGACCACGUCAGCACGUUUUGCCUCAGAAUGCAGCUCCAAACCAAUUCCAACGCGGCACUUUGCCGGACCUUCCCAUCAACUUUCUCCGGCAUAUGCCUCGACUGGUACAACAGACUCCCGAACGGAAUCAUCCGCUCCUUUGAAGAGUUCAUACUCCUCUUUUCUACCAAAUUCGCGUCACAAAAAAGGAGGCCCCUACACCUCAAGGCCUUGAUCGACAUCAGGCAGAAGGAUGGGGAAAGCCUACGCGCGUUCUACGCCAGAUGGUCAAGAGUAGCCAUGGCGGUGCGCGACCUAACUCCCGAGACCGCCGCCCAUCACCUCAUGGACGCUACGACCAGCAUGGAGCUCAAGCGCGCCAUAGCGAAAAGGCCAGUGACGCUGUCAACGGAGCUCGAGGCCGAAAUCGAGAAGGCUAUCACGCUAUAAGAAACUCUGGGCGCGGGCUCUAUCAAGCGUUUUGAACCUUCCAAGCCGCCCAGCGAAGACCAAACGCGGAAGCAACUUCCAGUGCCCCGAGAACAGUUAUUACAGUCCCACAGCGGGUCCAGAAGGCAACUCGUCCCGCCAGAACAACUACCGCGAAGACGCUCCCCCGACAGGCGUCAGCAGAACACGAUGCCCGCUUACACGCCGCUCAAUGAUUCUAUAAAAAACGUGUUCCAUG